AUAAUAUAUAUAUAGUCUCUUGUUUUCAUCAAGCAUUAUUUAUUUUGAGGUGGAUACCCUUGAGUGAAGAAGAAUGAGAUCCGUACUGAUUUUGCUGGUCGUUGCUUUUGCAGCUGGGAUUUGGGCGAAGAGAGAGAACUACACAGGCCGUCAACGCCUGGUAGGAUACUGGGGACAGAAUGGAGCUGGUCCAGCCAAUGGACCAAGCAACUACGAGAGAUCAUUAGCUGAAACAUGCAGGACUACGAAAUACGACAUCAUUGCCGUGUCUUUUGUCAUUAUCUUCUGGGAUUCUCGCAACAAAGAUAGCCUUCCAUCGCUGAACUUUGCCUACCAUUGUGAAAAAAGCAUAUCCCCCCAGUACCCCUUCCUCCUUCGUUGUCCAAAGAUCGAAGAGGGAAUCAAGGUAUGUCAGGGCCUGGGCAAGAAAGUUAUCAUGUCUGUGGGUGGUGCAACUGGUGAUGGCACUCUACCGACCCCCGCUAAAGCCCGAGAAUUGGCACAAACGUUUUAUGAUUUAUUCCUCGGUGGCAGCAGAAUGGAUGGCUCGUUGAACCUGAGACCAUUCGGCAGUGCCGUGAUGGACGGUAUUGAUCUAGAUAUCGAAGGUGGUCGUGGAGAUAAUUACGGUGAUUUCAUCAAGGAGAUGCGAAGAAUCAUGGAUGCUGAUCAAAGCAAGGUUUACCUGUUAACGGGUGCCCCACAAUGUCCAUAUCCAGAUCAUCACUUGGGGCCUGGUGGAAAUUCAGGGCUUGAAUUAGCUGGAGAAGACAUGGAUCACUUGUAUAUCCAGUUCUAUAACAACUACUGCCACACCGGGGCUGGAAACUGGUUCGACUCAACUCUAAAACAAUGGCUUGACUUUUCUAAAUCCAGAAGUCCACGAGGCCCUUUGAUUUUCAUUGGAAUGCCAGCUGCAACAGGAGGUGCAAGCGGGGCUCAUUUUUAUCGCCCUCCAGCUGAGCUAAGGGCCUUAUAUCAAAAAGUUCGUGACUUGCCUGGAAUCGGUGGAAUCAUGCUUUGGGAUGUUUCUUGGGAUCAGAACAAUGUAAUCAGUGGAAAGCGUUACUCAGAGGUUGCCUUUUCUCUGCUGAAGGGAUCUACAGUCGUGCCCACGGGUUCACCAGGAGUGAGCACUGAGCCUCCUAUCAAUCCGCCUGGCCCAACCACACUGCCUCCCACAACCAAGCCAGCAGGCCCCUUUUCUUGUUCUGGAAAACAGGAUGGUACAUACGCAGAUCCUGCCGAUUGCACCAAAUAUCACCAAUGCUAUAGUGGAACGAAAUACAGCUUCGCUUGUCCAAAUGGAUUGAAUUUCAACCCCAAGAUCAAAGCCUGUGAUUGGCCAGCUAACGUCCGAUGUUGAAUAAGGCUACCAUGCCUAAUUACUAGCAGAUAGCUGAGAAAAUCAUCUAUAACUGAAGUCAUCAUGAGAUUAAAGAGCUUAAAAUAAAAUUCAUGUUGAGACUA